UAUAGAAUUUAUGGUGAUCGUUGGCCUCGCCGGCUAUAGGAUAAUCCCCAUCGAUGAUGUCGAUGAUGAUGGAAGAAUCACACUCGGAGUCAGCCCUGUACUCGACACCGACCUGCGUUCAGCUAGGCAUACCUCUUCCCGACUGUCCGGGCGGCAUUUACCCCAUCCGCGAUCCCCACCACCCAUCGGCAACCAACCCCGAUGUACCUUUCCCCGUACCAAACUACCUGGAUCCGCGAUACGCAAGCUCCUUCAUCAGCCACUAUGGACACAGCUACGUCCCGCUCCCGAACCCGUUCGGGUUCUACGAUCUCGAACCGAGCUUCAUCCGAAGACGCAACGAACGCGAACGGGAACGCGUUCGGAAUGUUAACGAGGGGUAUGCGCGUUUACGCGAGCACCUACCGUGUGAUAACCCGGAGAAACGCAUGAGUAAAGUGGAAACACUGAGGAUGGCUAUUCGCUACAUUAAGCAGCUACAAGGUGUUCUAGUUGACAGUGAUGAAGGUGAAAAGGAGAAUAAUUGCGGCGAACCAGAGGAAAAAGAAAGUGGUUACCAUAGCAGCGAGGCAGAUGAGAAAUAA